CUCUGUUUAGCGUUUAUCAUUCAUUCAAAAUUAUCAACCUCGAAGCAUCCACUUCUUCAGCUCAUACUGUUUUGCGUUUCUUUCUCUUUAAUGGCAACACCGCAUGAAUCCUCCGUCCUUGACCUUAUCCGACAACACCUUCUUGGAGACUUUACCUCCACGGAUUCCUUCAUUAACAGUCUCAGUUUCAGUGCCCCUACAGCCUACUGUCCUCAACCCAUCAAACAUGAAGCUGAAAGCCCCAUAUCCGAGUCUGAAUCGCACUCUCCUACUUCGGACCCGAGCUUAUACCAUAAUCCAGAACUAGAAGCCUGUUACCUCGAAAGAACAGCUAGUACUUUCAUUUUUGGCUCAACUCGAAAACCACACGCUUCGAGUACUCCAAAACAUGACUUACCGAAGGAAGUCGGACAGUCCAAAUCACUCGAACCAGCGGGAAGGUCCAGCAAGAAGCUGUCGGAUUGUGGUGAUCAUCAUGAUCAGAGGAGGCACUACAGGGGAGUUCGACGUAGACCGUGGGGUAAGUUCGCGGCGGAGAUCCGGGACCCGUCCCGGCGCGGGAGGCGGGUUUGGCUGGGUACCUUUGACACUGAUGUUGAUGCUGCCAAGGCCUAUGAUUGCGCUGCUUUCAAGAUAAGAGGCCGUAAAGCCAUCUUGAAUUUUCCUUUGGAGGCCGGAGAGUCGGCGCCAAACAACUUUUCCGGCCGGAAAAAGAGGAGAGAGAAUAUAUCGUUAGUGGAGGUAGCGGAAUCUGAUGAGGUGGCAGCGGAGAGUUGGAUGAUAUGGGAUCAGGUGCAGGAGGAGGAGGAGGAGCUAGGAGAGUCCCGUGCUUGAUGAAGCUUCACUGUCGUCGUAGCCUAGAAAACCAGUUAUGGCCAGUUGUUAAAAUGUCAGAGGUUGUUUGUUCCUUAACAAUAUUAGGACAAGUGUAACGUUGACGUGUUAUAUUAGAUA